CGCGAGGCUUUGGUCAUGAAGGUGACCGAGGCUGCCGUUGAUGGUUGCUGUCUCAGGCGCUCGCGAAGCGGCGCGGUGGCGCUACGCCCAGCGGGACGAAGCGCUGCUCAGAGCCGCCGUGUGCAGCUGCAGCCUCGGGCGGCUCCUGGUGAGACGCUGCAGAAGCAAGAGAAAGCAGUUCUGGGACGGGCGGCUUCGGAGUACAGAGCUGUUUUCCUUCUUCGAAGGAGAAACGCGAAGCGCAACGGAAGCAGGAGCUGUCCGAACAGGAGCCGGUUCGGUUCCCGUGAGAGGGACUGGCUGAGAGAGGAUGUUGGACGAGGCUGCGUGUACGUUUAUGGAGGAGAUUCUGCUGCUGCUUUGUCUGACCUGCGCUUGGUCCUCUGUACGGUGGAUACCCCAGCGUCUGAGAUCUGUGAUGGGGAAGAGAGGAAAAACCUCUUCGUGCAGCUUCAUGGAGACCUGAUCAGGAGGCUGGAACCCACCGAAAAGCCCCUUCAGAUGGUGUAUGACUACUUGGCUGGGUUGGGUUUUGAUGACCCUGUCAGAAUGCAGGAGGAGGCAGCAAACUCUGACCUCAGCUGUAUGAUUCGCUUUUACAGCGAAAAGCCUUGCCAGAUGGAACAGUUAGAUCGCAUCCUGCUCUCUGGAAUCUAUAAUGUACGCAAAGGGAAGACUCAGUUGCACAAAUGGGCAGAACGCUUAGUAAUUCUCUGUGGUACCUGUCUCAUUGUGUCCUCUGUUAAAGAUAGCCAUGCAGGGAAGAUGCAUAUCUUGCCUCUUGUUGGAGGGAAGGUUGAAGAAAUGAAACGUCGGCAGUGCACACUUGCUUUCACAUCUGCUGGAGCACAAGCCCAAACAUACCACGUCUCCUUCGAAACACUGGCAGAGUGCCAGCGGUGGCACCGACAGGCAUCCACGGUUGUGUCUAUGCGACUUAACAUGGUUGAUCUUUCAUGCUACAGUCUGGAGGAAGUACCUGAGCAUCUCUUCUACAGUCAAGACAUCACCUACCUCAACCUACGACACAAUUUUAUGAGAUCAAGCGGAGCAGGCAGUCUUGGCUCUCUUUGCAGGUUUUCUCAGUUGAAGAGCUUGAAUCUGUCUCAUAACAGACUGGGGGAAUUUCCUGUAUCGCUGUGUGAGAUCUCUACUCUGACCGAACUCAACAUGUCCUGUAAUGGACUUCAUCACUUGCCAACCCAGAUUGGCAAGCUGCUGAAUCUCCAAAGCUUCUGGCUUGAUGGGAAUUUCCUCACGUCCUUACCAGAAGAGCUUGGAAGUCUACAGCAGCUCAGCUGUCUUGGACUUUCCUUCAAUAACUUCUGUGAGCUGCCAGCGAUUUGUGAGAAACUCACAGUUUUAGACAAAAUAGCCAUGGCAGGGAACUUGCUAGAGAACCUGGACCUUACAGUGCUGAACCGCAUGAAUCACAUCAAAAGCGUGGACCUGAGGCUGAACAACCUGAAGAGAGCAGCAGCUGACACUCUGGAGGGGAACAAUUCUGUGAUUUACAUGGAUUUGCGAGACAAUCAACUGACAUAUCUGGAUGUGAGCUCAUUGGGUAGCCUGGAGCAGCUGCACUGCGAGCGGAAUAAGCUGAAAGAGUUGACACUGAGUGGCUUCUCCCUUCGGGCUCUGUAUGCCAGCAACAACUGUCUCACAUCUGUCAGUGUUUAUCCGGUUCCUGGUCAACUGACAUGUCUAGAACUUGCUCACAAUCAGCUGCAGUGUGUUCCAGAUUGGGCCUGUGAAGCAAAGAAACUGGAAAUUUUGGAUAUGAGCUACAACCUCCUUGUGGAGCUCCCAUCAAGGAUCCUCAGCAGCUUGAGCCUUCGGAAACUGACAGUGGGGCACAAUAAUCUUCAGAGCCUUCCACCUCUUCUAGAGCACAUUCCAAUGGAGGUGCUGGACCUUCAACACAACCUGUUGACUAAACUCCCCGAGAUGCUCUUUACAAAGGCUCUGAAUCUCAGGUGCCUGAAUGCAUCUGCAAAUAGCCUGGAGUCCUUGCCCUCUGCAUGUACAGGGGAGGAGAGUCUGAGCAUGCUGCAGCUGCUUUACUUGACCAAUAACAACCUCACAGAUCAAUGCAUCCCUGUCUUGGUGGGACACCCGAACCUACGGAUCUUGCAUCUGGCAAACAACAACCUUCAGGCUUUCCCUGCGAGCAAACUCAGUAAGCUAGAACGCUUGGAAGAGCUGAAUCUGAGUGGCAACAAACUGAAAACAAUUCCCACAACUGUGGCAAACUGCAAGCUACUUCAUACACUUAUUGCACACUCUAAUGACAUCAGCAUCUUUCCAGAGAUCCUGCAUUUACCUCAUAUACAGAUUGUGGACUUGAGUUGCAAUGAAUUAAAUGAAAUCCUAAUCCCUGAGGCACUGCCAGCUACUUUGCAAGAGCUAGACCUGACUGGAAAUGCAAACCUGGUGCUAGAGCACAAGACACUGGAUAUCUUCAGUCACAUUACCACACUGAAGAUUGAUGCUAAGCCCUCCCUCACAGCAGACUCAGCUCUCACUUCUACUUUUUGGAGUCAUGGAGUAGCUGAGAUGGCAGGGCAAAGAAAUAAGCUGUGUGUGUCGUCCCUGGCACUGGGGAGCUUUGCAGAAGGGAUGGAGGCUGUGUAUGGCAUGUUUGAUGGUGACAAGAACGAGGAGCUGCCACGCCUGCUGCAGUGCACUAUGGCUGAUGUGCUCCUGGAGGAGGUUCAGCAGUCAGACACACUGUUCAUGUCCAACACCUUCUUGGUCUCUCACAGGAAGCUGGGCAUGGCUGGGCAGAAGCUGGGUUCCUCUGCUGUCCUUUGCUAUAUUCAUCAUGAUACGGCUGAUCCAGCGAGCACCUUUUCUCUGACUGUGGCCAAUGUGGGAACAUGCCAAGCUGUUCUGUGCCGAAGUGGAAAACCGCUGCUCCUCUCCAAAGUCUUCAGUCUUGAGCAGUGUACUGAAGAGGCCAAGAGAAUCAAGGAGCAAAAAGCAAUUAUAACAGAGGACAAUAAGGUAAACGGUGUGACUUGCUGUACUCGGAUGCUAGGCUGCACAUACUUGCACCCUUGGAUCCUGCCCAAGCCACAUGUCAGUUCCAUUCCACUGACUGUACAAGAUGAGCUGCUGCUUCUAGGGAACAAGGCACUGUGGGAACACCUUUCUUACACGGAGGCUGUCUCAGCUGUGCGCCAUCUACAUGACCCUCUAGCUGCUGCAAAGAAACUUUGCACGUUAGCCCAAAGCUACGGUUGCCAGGACAAUGUAGGUGCAAUGGUGGUGUAUCUGAACAUCAGUGAGGACAACUGCACCUGUGAGAUGCAUGGUCUCUCUUUACCAGGCCCUGGGGGAUUUAGUUCCACCACUGCCAAGACAGCAACGCCUUCCUCUAGCAGCGGAAUCGCUUCAGAGUUCGGUAGUGAACUGUCUGCUUCUGAGGUUAGCAGUGAGGUGGGCUCUACUGCUUCAGAUGAACACAAUGCUGUUGGUCUUGAUGGCAGUUUGCUACCACGACAAGAGCGACGUUGCAGCCUACAUCCUCUGCUCCCCUCAAGCAUCUUUCAGCGCCAACCUUCCAGUGCCACCUUCUCCAGUAACCAGUCUGACAAUGGCCUGGAUAGUGACGAUGAGCAGCCUGUGGAAGGUGUGAUGUCAAAUGGCAGUAAAGUGGAGGUAGAGGUGGACAUCCACUGCUGUAAAGGCAAGGGUCUGGAGUUUGAACCUCUUGCUUUAGAGUACAGCUCCUCUGCUGCAGGGGUAGAGGAUGACUCUGGACUUGUCCUCAUCAUUCAGAGACAGAACAGCAUAAACAGCAUAGCUGCACAUGGAGGGGUCAAGGAAAAGAGUGAACUGCAGAAAUCUCCUUCCACGUGCUGUCUCUAUGGAAAGAAGCUUUCCAAUGGCUCCAUAGUGCCCUUGGAGGAGAGCCUUAACCUCAUUGAAGUAGCUACAGAGGCACCCAAGAAGAAGACAGGUUAUUUUGCUGCUCCAUCUCAGAUGGAGCCAGAGGAUCAAUUUGUGGUGCCACCUGAUCUGGAGGAGGAAGUGAAAGAACAAAUGAAGCAGCACCAGGAGAAUGAAGCAGAUGAGGAGCAGAAAGAAGAGCCUGCAGUGGCUCUGACAGAGGAGUUUGACACAGCUUUGUAAUCCUACAAGUACUACUCCCACUUUGUCUGUCCCAGGAAGCUCUAUCAUGCAAGGGCUGUCAUGCCCCUAAGGGGACCUGGGCUCUGCAAGGCAUACAGGCAUCUGUUGCUUCCUUAAUCAAGCGGAGAAAAAACUGGGAGUGCUACGGUCUGGGCUGUCUACUUUUUGCUGUAGUCUGUUCUAUGAGUGCCCAGAUGAGCUGUGUUCUGUUCAGAACUGUCUGGAAAUUAUGCAAGCACUAGAAAGAAGGCAGGUAUUCCAGUGCCUCCCUCUUACUCCUUAAAGCCUGAGGUUCUGCCAGCUCUGCAGGAAAGGGGCUGGUGUAUUGCGGGAGGGGGAAAGGGAAGGCUGUUGAGGGGCCAAUAUGCAGUGUUUGGAGUCUGAAUAUUUCUGACACAGGCCCUCCUGGCAAUUCCUGAUUUCAUUGUUUCUUGAAAGAAUACAGCCAGUUGGAAUGAAGCUGACCCAAGAAUGGUUUCCUACAUGAAUUGCAAGCACUUUUAUUGAUUGCACUUAAGCUGUUCUCUUCCCCUUCAGCACAGCACUUUAUUAUUAGGGCCAGGGGAGAGAGCACUCCAGUACCCUGUCCACAAAGCAGGUGGGAGGGAGUGGGGAAGCUGAUUUUCCCAGUAAGUAUUGUUAGGGCUUUUGAGGAUUCAGGGUACAGAUGUUCUGAUGAGCACUGGUGCAGGGUAGAGUGAGAAUUAUAAUGGGAUCAGCCUAUGCAGGAUGAGAAAACUCAGCUGGAUUAUAAGUGGGUGUUUACUGCUGCAUUUUACAUGGAACAUGGGAAGGAUCAGCUCUGGACUUAGUGGCUGAGAAACAUAUAGAGCUACUGCUUCUAGCUGCAGAUCACAGACCCAGCUCAGCACCUUGUCAACCUUUGUCACGUGUGCCUCAUAGUAGAGGCUUCCUGUAUCCAUAAGACGUGACAUGAGACCAUGAGUUGCUGCUGGUUUCAGUCUAAGAGGAAAUUGAGGUGUAAGUGGUACGUUGCCCUAAGGCUAGCAAGCAGUUGGGCUGCUCUUUGUAUGCUGAGGAAGCUUUCAGUACUCUUUUCCACCAACAUUAACUGCAUUGUCAGCCAUGACAGUCUUUGCUUGCAUCUGUAAAUAGGAGUCAUGGUCCAAAUCCAGAGCAACCUGUAUUUUGUGAUGUGUGCCAAAUUUGGCCACCAACGAGGUGUAUCUUUGUUAGUAUAUCUCUGUUUCUACUUCAUCUUCAAUGGAAAAGGAGGGGAAAAAAAAGAGAAAAAAACAAAACAACUUUUCACCUGAAAAACAUCUUUAUCAGCACUGGGGAAGAGGUUUUUAAAACAGUCCCACUAAUGAUGAAAUGCCCAGCCUGCAGCUGCCACACGGUUCCACUAAGGUUUUUGGUGCAAGGGGUAAAUGGAUUCUCUAUGUAAUAAUCUUGUGAAAAGUCUAUGGCCUCCAAAGCAUGCAGAUGUCUUCCCUGUUUGGCAGAGGGCUGAACAGCAGCUGCCCCAUCACAGCGUUGGUGCAAUAAUUCGGACUAUAAUGUGGGCUAGUGCCUUUUCUUCUUUAUUAAUUAUAUUUAUGAAGAAAAUGUGAAAGUUUCUUCUCAAGGUCUCUGAGGAGCUUGAGUUGUGUAUUUUUGGAUCAAGUUCAAGCUUUGAAUUGAAAGGAUGCUGUGCAGACAACCUGUGGGAUUCCAAUAAUAUAGAUCUUUUGACAAAAUCUACAGGAGUUAUGCUUAAACUUCAGAGCUGCUUGAAUUUCUCACUCGGUGUGUAUUUUUACCAUACUUGAGAGCAACCUUUUGGGAUGUACCUUGUACUGGUUAUGGUGUAAUCAUGAAACAACCCAUCUUUUUUCCAAACUCGUGAGUUCUGGCCAUGUUUAAUUGUCUGUUUUACUUGGAGAGAAAUGCUCGCUCUUAGGAUCACAGAAGCAGCAUUUUAAAUUCCUCAGGCAGAGGAAAGAAAAGUUUCAGAGAAUAAAACUCAGUUCUUCUUAAGGUUCUCCUCAUGUUAAGUAUGCAGAAAUGGCUCACCUCAGUGUAUUUGACAGUAACUUUCAGUUCAUUUGCUGGCGACAGUGUCACCAAGUAUCUGUGUCGAGGCCAAUAGUGUCUGCUACCUGCUCUGCUCAGUGUGGGAUUGAUACAGGAAUGUAAGCUGCUUUCUGAAUAAGAUUGUGGUGAACCUGGCAGUAGGAGAAUGGUAAAUGUCAGUGCAAAUCAGGACUCCUUGCACUGAUGUGUAAAAUCCAGUGUGUCCUUGCCAGCCUGAACCGUUAGCAUUGUGUGAGACAGGUAUGUCUCGUGGGGAGCUUGUCCUGAGUGACGUGACAUGACAUGUCACUCCUAGUUCAGUAGGAAGGAUUAAGUGAAGCUCCACAGGACAGCGUGCAAGUUUUUGAUCUGCUUCUCCAAAUGGAAUGCAUAGAACCACUACUCAGCCUUUUCUCCAGCUCUGUUUCUGAUUUUGCAGCAGAAAGGGAUCUCUUUUUAUACAGGUGUGAACAUUUGUGGCAGAAUAUGGCUUGUUCUGUAAAAUUGUGGAGUCCAUCACUGCUUCCAAUUAGAUUGAUACUGUGAACUGCUGCUCUUAUUCUGGGUAGCACCUCCUUUUGUUUUUUGGCCUCUCUGAAGGCAGCAAACUUCCUUUGUCUUCCUUAUUAACACUGGACAUACAUCUCAGGCUUCUGAUUGGCACUGCUAUAUGUGGGAACACAUGUGGAUGGGAAAGUUUAGCAGGGGGGCUCAUAACAGAGGAUAGAAGGUGUGUUACCUCACAGUUCUCCUGUUCUCUUCUGCUGUCUUCCCUGAAUUCUCUGUGGCUCUUGCAGAUGACAUCAUUUCCAUAGAGCCACCCCACUAAGCAUGUUCCAUUCUUUUUUACUGUUGGAGGUUCUCAGUGUGGGGUCAUUGUCUGAGUGUUGCCAGAGCUGUUGUGCUCCAGGUGGCCACAAUAAGGUUAGGCUGUGGAACUUGUCUUUCCAUCCCUUUAGCAGUUCUGGCCCUAUUGCUAAGCAAGCUCAUUGAGAACAGGCUUGCCGGAGGCACUGACCUGCGUGCCCUGGUCUGACCAGAAGCUACCAAAAAGAGCCAGUAAAGCAGUUGGUGCCUGGUUUGGGCUUGAGUAUUGAGGAUAAAGCGUACCAUCAAAGUUGUGCCCAGUGCCUGGAACAGACCUGGGGGAGGUGCUGCAGACUGCUGAAAUCUGAUUAGAGUCCUCAACCAGACAGGACGGAAAAAUCCAGUUCCAUGAAGUGGGUAUUUCCCUCUCUGUGGGAAGGUCUGCUGUGAGACCUGAAGUAUUUCUAGUGCCUGGGAUUUGAAGACACAGUUAAAGCCCUGGGACUUCCAGACGUUUCUGCGCUCCUGCUGGAUGCCGAUGUCUUUCGUGUCACUGGCCAGAGGGCAUUCCUGGACAGUGGGUUCACCUCUUGCAUUUUGGCAGUCAUUGUCUGCUGUUCCAUUGCAGUCUGAAGACUUCGGUAUAUUUUUCUCCUCUUUUUUUUUCUUUUCAUUUUAAAACAGUUACUGUUCUGACUCAUGACCCAGUGCAUGUUAAAGAAUUAUUGCAGCACUCCACUUACAACAUUUUUUCACGCUUUCUGUUUUAAAAAGGAAAACACUUCAUGUAUCCCACUCUAGCAUGCAGUGGUAAUAAUUCCUCUUUUACAGUAUACAGGAACAGACCGUUCCAUGAAUGCACCUUCGGCAAUGUAGCCUUUGUGUAUACUGCAUUGGAGAGGCAAAUACCAUUGCUGGAAAACACUAUUUUGAUGAUUCUUUACUCAGUUGUAUAGAGUAGUUCAGGAAGGAAGAAUAUUUUUGCAUCAACUUUUCAGAUGACGUAGCAAUAAAGAUUUUUACUUUUGUCUAA